AUGUCCUACUACGAUCGAUGUCCUCCCACGUCCUGCGGCCCCACCCCGCUGGCCAACAGCUGCAACGAGCCCUGUGUCCGGCAGUGCCAGGACUCCACCGUGGUCAUCCAGCCCUCACCCGUGGUGGUCACCCUGCCUGGGCCCAUCCUCAGCUCCUUCCCCCAGAACACCACCGUGGGAUCCUCAGCCUCCGCAGCCGUCGGGAGCGCUCUGAGCGCUGAGGGCGUCCCCAUCAACUCGGGCAGCUCCUUGGGCUUUGGGGGCUUUGGCUACCCCGGGCUGGGCAGUGGCUACAGCCGGCCCUACCGGCGCUACAACGCGUCCCGCAGCGGCUUCUACGGACCCUGCUAA